AUGACAGGAAGGGAGUUUUUCUCUCGUUUCCCAGAACUCUAUCCCUUUCUUCUCAAGCAGUUGGAAACUGUAGCCAAUACGGUGGACAGUGACAGGGGAGAACCAAGUCGUCAUCCCAGCAUGUUCCUCUUACUUCUGGUGUUGGAGCGGCUCUAUCCUUCCCCGAUGGAUGGCACUUCUUCGGCUCUCAGCAUGGCACCGUUUGUUCCCUUCAUUAUGAGGUGCGGUCACUCACCUGUCUACCGCUCCCGUGAAAUGGCAGCUCGUGCCUUGGUCCCGUUUGUUAUGGCAGACCACGUUCCUAGGACCAUCCGAACCCUGCUGGCCACACUUCCCAACCACACUGACCAGUGUUUCCGGCAAAACCAUAUUCACGGGACACUUCUUCAGGUCUUACAUUUGUUACAAGCCUACUCAGACUCCAGACACAGAACAAAUUCCAACUUGCAGCAGGAGCUGACUGACCUCACUGUCUGCACCAAAGCCAAACUCUGGCUGGCCAAGAGGCAAAAUCCAUGUUUGGUGACCAGAGCUGUAUAUAUCGACAUUCUCUUCCUGUUGACCUGCUGCCUCGACAAACCCACGAAGGGCACCCAGCCAGUUCUGGAGAGUCUUGGCUUCUGGGAGGAAGUCAGGGGGAUCAUCUCAGAAUCAGAGCUGCUCACGGGACCUCCCUGUACCUUCAGGGUACCAGGCCUACCCCAGUACCUCCAGAGCCUCACCAAACUGGCCAUCGCCGCCAUGUGGACAGUGGUAGCCACGGCUGGGGAGCAAACCGGAGAUGCUCCCAUCUCCUUCUCACAGCUGUUAGAGUCUUCCUUCCCUGAAGUGCGCUCGCUGGCUCUGGAUGCCCUUUUGGAAAAGUUCUCGUCAGCAGCCUCUGGAUCAGGAGAGAAGGGACUGCCACCAUUGCUGCGCAACAUGGGAGAGAAGUUCUUAUUGCUGGUGAUGAAGGAAGAUCACCCGGAGUGCUUCUGCAAGAUACUGAAAAUUCUUCACUGCAUGGACCCCAGUGAGUGGCUCUCCCAGACGGAGCCCUGUGUCCAUCUAACCCCCAAGGAGUUCUUGACCUGGACAAUGGACAUUGCCUCGAAUGAAAGAUCUGAAAUUCAGAGCGUAGCCCUGAGACUUGCCUCAAAAGUAAUUGUCCACUACAUGCAGACACAUGAGGAGAGUGGGGCCUCGCUGGCUGUGGAGCUCAAGCGGUGGGCUCAGCUGGUCGUCUUGUCCUGUGGAGACCAUCUGCCCACAGAGUCCAGGCUGGCCGCUGCUGAAGUCCUCACCAGCACCACACCUUUCUUCCUCACCAACCCCAAUCCAACCCUUGAGUUGCAGGAUACACUUGCUCUCUGGAGAUGCGUGCUCACCCUCUUGCAGAGUGAGGAGCAAGCCGUCCGAGAUGCAGCCACAGAAACCGUGACGACCGCCAUGUCACAAGAAAAUACCUGCCAAUCAACAGAAUUCGCUUCUUGCCAAGUGGACGCCUCCAUCGCUCUGGCCCUCGCCCUGGCCGUCCUGUGUGACCUGCUCCAGCAGUGGGACCAGCUGGCCCCUGGACUGCCCAUCCUGCUAGGAUGGCUGUUGGGAGAGGAGGACAACCUCAUCUGCAUGGAGAAUGCACAUCAGGUGGAAGACGACUACCUGUUUGAAAAAGCAGAAGUUAACUUUUGGGCUGAGACCCUGAUCUUUGUGAAAUACCUCUGCAGGCAGCUCUUCCAUCUCCUCUCUAAGUCUGGCUGGCGUCCUCCCAGUCAGGAGACACUCCAUCACCUGCGAAUGAUGGUGUCAGAGCAGCGCCACCUCCUCUCUCAGCUCUUCAGAGAGCUUCCCCCGGCGGCAGAGUUUGUGAAGACAGUGGAGUUCACGAGGCUGCGCAUUCAGGAGGAGAGGACCUUGGCGUGCUCCAGGCUGUUGGCACUGAUCGGACCAAAGGAAGGGGAAGACACCCUGGUUCUCAGCGCUCCAGACUCUCCUGCAGAAGUGAAUCUGUUAACUCUCCCAAGGGCAGAAAUGGCAUGUUGAAGAAAAGACCAUUUGGGGAGGGUGGGAGUACAUCUGGAACAUUCCUGCAGGAAAUGAAUGAGCAGAAAAGAUAUCGACCAUAAAUUCAGAAAACGUCCCCCUCCAUGCCUCCACCACUUCUGAGUGUAGUCUCCUGUCACUUCUCACAGUUUCCCUCAGUUCACUCACUCAAGGCAGCCUCGUUUAUUGCAGCUACUGUAGGAAGCAAGGCUACCACACUGAAUAUUCACUGCCCAGGUGCAGGCCACCUGCAGGCCCCCUUCAUCCCUCAGGGCCUCUAACACCCAGCCUUAAGCACCCUGCAUUUUCUGUGACGUGACUACACAGAACUGGGUUUUAGCAAACACACGAUUUCCCCCGCCACUUUUUAUUGGGAGGGUGGGGGAGCACCAUAUAGGGGCUGGAUUAGCUUGCCAACAGCCCAUUAGUCAGAUGACUAAAUUUUAUUUCAGUGUAGCAAAGCAGAAAUAUGUUCCAAAUGUUGAGUCCUGGGAGAACUAAGACUCAACCUUAAAAUGAUUCAUACACAUCAUUUUGUUUUUAUUUUCUGCAUGCAUAAGUCCCACAGUCCAUCCUAACUACUAAAGGAGCCUUUGAGAGCUCCCUCUGUCUCUCCCAAACAUACGUGCACUAAUGCUGGAAAACCUGAUUUGCACCCAGUGAAAGCAUACACUGAGCUGUUACAAGGAACCUGGGGAAAGAGCCAGAACAUGAAUAAAUGACUUAUUUGGUACCCAUA